AUGAAUCGAGAAGAAAAACAAAUGGAAGCGUCACUUGAUGCAGUCCUUAAUCGAUUAAAUGAACUGAAGUUGUCUAUAACUUUUAUGAUACAAAUGCUUGAUACAGAAUAUGAAACUAUUAAUUGGUCAACGUUUUUAGACAACUAUGGUUUAAUAUCUAGUCAUUUAACUGGUUUAGCGAAAGCGAUUUCUAAAGAUAAUUGUCCGCCGCUUCGACAUCGUACUGUUUUACCUUUAAUGUUAUCACCUGAACGUGAUGAAGCAUUGGUUAAUAUGACCGAGGGCCGUGUACCGGUUUUCUCACAUGAUAUUGUACCAGAUUAUUUACGUACUAAACCAGAUCCUAUUGCCGAACAGAAGAUUUUACAAAAUGAACAAAAAGCUGCAAAUAUUACAGCUGAGGCUGCAAUGAAACAAGUCACACAAUAUAAUAAAGUAGUUUCACAUAUAGCAGAUAUAAUUAGCAAAGCACGAGAAGAAUGGGAUCUUGAUUCAUCAUCACGUGCAGGCAUACAACAAACAAGUAGUAUGGCAGAUACUCAUGCACUUGUCGCAGCUGUUGGUAUGGGUAAAAAUUUAAAAAUCACUAUGCCAAUGCCUGGUGGUGGUCCAGGUAAUAUGAUGGUUCCACCAGCUUUAAGACCACCUACUCCCAUGAGCGGUGUUAAUCCUGGUGCUGUAAAUCAAAUGAAUAAAGCACCAGCUGGAAUUAAAACAAAUAUUAAAGCUGCGAUGCCGAUACAUAAUUACUCCCGAUAAAAUAAUCAUUAGAAUAGAGGUAUAGAUAUAAUAUAGAUUUAAGAAAAAUGUAACAGAAAAACAAACAUCAAUUCGUAGUAAUUGUCACCUAAUUCUGUUAAUUAAUUUAAUUUAGUAUUUAGUUACAAAAUGAUUACACAAAAUAA